UUUGCCCAACGAAGAUGCGUUUCACAAAGUAGUCAACUUGACCAAUGUUUGUGAAAACCCCUUUUUAUUAUUACCAAACCACCUUGACAAUUGCAAAACAAAUGCCACAAGACCAGGACAAUGUUACUCUUGCCGAGAUUGAAAUCAUCGAGAAAGAAUUAAACGCGAUUGAAGAACAGAUCACAACGCUCAAAUGUCGGCGGAUAGAACUUGAAGAAUAUAGAGACAGUCUUUUUGCCUCACUAUCGACCUCAAAGGAGGAUAGUGAUAAUGAUAAUGGAGCUCAAAUAAAUAGCAAAGACUACAAUCGUGAGGAUUUUUCAUGGUCCGAGGAUUUGAAGAGACUCGCCAAGGUUCAUUGGAACAUUACUCAAUGGCGAGAGAAACAGCUUCAGGUCAUGAAUGCUGCACUGGAUCGACGUGAUGUAUUUGUGCUCAUGCCUACUGGUGGUGGUAAAUCUCUCUGUUAUCAGCUACCAGCACUGAUCACUUCAGGAAUUACUCUCGUGGUAUCUCCACUUCUAUCGCUUAUCAGGGACCAGGCUUUUCAUUUAGAAGAGGCGUCAAUUGGUGUCGGGAUGUUGACAUCCAACACGUCUAAGGAAGAGAACAAGCGUAUCAUGGAUGCCAUGUUAGCAACCAAGACUAGCAGUAGUGGGUCAGGAGGGUCAAAAAGGCAACCAAAAGCUGAACUAGAGCCGCCAAGUGAACUCAGACUUGUCUAUGUCACUCCAGAAAAGAUCAGCAAGUCUAAAAGAUUCAUGAAUCAUCUGGAAAAAGUAUAUGCCGCUGGCAGACUGGCUAGGAUCGUGGUGGAUGAAUGUCAUUGCUGCUCCCAAUUGGGACAUGAUUUUCGUCCGGAUUACAAAAAACUCGGUAUCUUGCGUGUUCUCUUCCCUAAAACCCCUAUCAUGGCACUUACAGCUACAGCGUCUUCACCAGUGAUUGAAUCUGUUUUGAACACUUUGAAUCUUGCUCCUAUUGGAAAAAGCACCAAUGCGACACUCAUGUUUGAUUCGCCUCUCUUCCGAGCCAACCUUGUCUAUAAAGUACUUUCACGUCCCAACACGAACGAAGAGACAUUCCGAUUUUUAGUCAACUACAUCCAAACAAAGCAUCACCGUUCUAAUGGGAUCAUCUAUUGCCUGUCCAAGAAAGACACCCAUGUCUUUGCAGAGGGCAUUUACAAAGCCAGUCAGGGGCAAAUUACAACUAGUGCCUAUCAUUCUGAUAUUUUAGAUGACGAGAAAAACUACAUUCAUGAGUGCUGGAGAGAUGGACGAACUCAACUUGUAUGUGCCACCAUCGCAUUUGGGCUCGGUAUCAAUCAUCCCAAUGUACGGUUUGUGAUCCAUGUAUGCAUGGCCAAGUCACUAGAAGGCUAUUAUCAAGAAUCCGGACGUGCUGGCCGUGAUGGAUUGCCUGCUGAUUGUGUGCUCCUUUAUAGGGAUCAAGAUGCGUCAAGGCUCUCGACUCUUUGUGUCACGGAGCCUGAAGGAUUGACUAAUGUCUAUAGUAUGAUCAAGUACGCUCAAGAUGUGCGAACUUGUCGCCAUCAGCAAUUCGAUAACCAUUUUUCAAAACAUUCCAGUUCCAAAAAGCAGAUACCAUGCGGAAUGUGUGAUAACUGCUUGCUUGCGGGGAAAGAUGUGGUGACAGAAGACCUUAAGACCGAGGUCCGCGCCCUGUGCUUGCUUGUCAACAAACUUCAGGAAGUGAACGAAAGGGUAACGCUGAAUAAACUGGUCGAGGCCUGGAGAGGCGUAGGAUCAUUACGUGUGAUCGCCAAGGUCGUCCGUGAUGAGUACGAGACUGAGGUUGUACCUAAACGACCCAACAAAGAUGACUAUGAUCGUAUUAUCAAUUAUUUAAUUCUCAAUGGAUAUCUUCGGGAAGACUUUCAUUUUACAGCUUAUUCGACUUUGGCAUACAUCAUUAAUGGACCACGAUCCAAUCCAUUCCUGUCAAAACGGCCUUUGAGCUCAUUACCCCCUGUCAACAUUGAGUUUGGACGUGAUCCCUCUCGGAAUGCGGAGACUCUAAAUGGGCGAACAUCAUCGUCAUCAGCAUCAAGUCGUUCAAGAAAGCUAGGCAGUGGAUUGGAUAGGAAUGGUAGUGAUGUAGUUUUGGAAGAUGAUAUCCAACGAAUAUUGGAUGAAGAAGAUGGGGAUAAAGACGAAGAUGAUGCGCCUCUAAUGAAGAGGGCGAAGAAGACAAAGGCAACAACAAAGCCAUCAAUUACAGAUCGUUAUGAGCGUGGUCCCAAAAAUGAUGCAGCUAGAUAUCACAAGACGAUCAUUACGGUCUCAGACGAUGAUGCGUAUGACUUUCAAUAGAACAAUAUAUACAAGUAUGUAUAUAUCAUAUUCAAGGAUUCAGAUAGACAUUCUAGCACGCAAAUGUUUGUUGCAAAAGCUCAUGAUAAGAUAUU